CAGAGAACAUUUGAAAAGGGGAUUAACAUAACAAAUUGAGAUAGUUUAAUAUACAUGUCUGUACGUAGUUCCUGAGGUGUGGCAUUGGCCUUAAAACGCGUUAAUUUGCAGGUCCUUGUACGCCCGAAAAUCAACCUCCAGAACAAGACGAGGCGUGCACUUGGAAGACUGGGGCGAGCAGACACGUAGGCAUUGAAACUACGCAUGCGUUUUCCCUGGAAAAUUCAAGAUGGCGGCCAGCAUACGUGCGAGACAGAUAGAUUCCUUGAGGCGUAUGCUGAACCUAAAUCAGCCACUCACAAAAUCAACCGCAGUCGAACCGGUCUGGAAGGUUCUUGUUUAUGAUCGAUAUGGCCAGGACAUUAUCUCUCCAUUGCUAAAUGUAAAGGAGUUGCGUGAAAUGGGCAUAACUCUGCAUCUUCUUCUGCAUUCUGAUAGAGAUGCAAUACCUGAAGUGCCUGCUAUUUAUUUUGUUCUUCCGACUGAGGAAAAUGUGAAAAGAAUAUGCCAGGAUUGUAGAAAUCAACUAUAUGAGUCCUACUACCUGAAUUUUAUUUCUGCUAUAUCAAGACAUCGAUUAGAGGAUCUUGCCACAGCAGCUCUUCAGUCAAACAGCGUCACUCAGAUCACCAAGGUUUUUGAUCAGUAUUUAAAUUUUAUUUCUUUGGAAGAUGAAAUGUUCACAGUGAGAAACCAAGACAGAGAUUCAAUAUCGUACUACGCACUUAACAGACCUGAUGCAAAGGAUACAGACAUUGAAAUGCUUCGAGAUGUCAUAGUGGACAGUCUCUUCAGUGUACUUGUGUCUUUAGGCACUGUGCCAAUUAUCAGAUGUCCAAAAGGCAAUGCUGCAGAAAUGGUAGCAGAGGCACUGGACAAAAAGUUGAGAGAAAAUCUAAGAGAUUCUAGAAACAGCCUGUUUACAGCAGACAUUCCUUCUGGGCAGUUCAGUUUUCAACGACCAGUGUUGGUAAUUUUAGAUCGUAACAUGGAUCUGUGUACUCCAUUACACCACACAUGGACAUAUCAAGCUUUAGUACAUGAUGUCUUGGUAAGUUCAGUUGUUAUACAGCCUUAAUCA